AUGUCGCCACUGCUAAUUGCACUACAAGUAUCACUUCAGACAGAUAACGGGUACAAAAUAAAGCUAGAGAAGGAACCCAGCAAGCUGCCAUUAUUAGUCGGCAUAGUCAGAAGAGAUCCACCGUCAAGUCCUCUCCCAACUCUCAGCGAUUAUUCUCGACGUACGGGUGGCUAUGGAUCUCAAAUCAUUGGCUUAGCACGAGUAUUGCCAGUGGAGAGUGUUAGCAAGAAUCCUAUUAACACGCCAAAUUUGAAGUUAGCGAUCCUAGCUGAACCACUUUUAAGUAGAAAGCAAGUGUGGCGCGAAGUAAACUAUUAUCCGGUUAGCGAUUUGAGCUGCGAUAAGCGUGAAAGAUCAAGCUCCGGGAUUGUGGAAAAGUUCCUGACCAAUCCGAGGGGCGCAACAAUUAUACCUAGUACUAUUGUAAGUAAUUCCCUGGCAGUCCGUGAUGUUGUACAACCGGUCGCCAUGCACGGCUACAUACAUGCAUGCGAGCCGAGGCUUGGGCCCCAGCCCAGCACAACUACUCGAUCUGAUAAUAAUAUGGUGAUAUCUGGUCAAUCGCUUAGUAGUAGUGCGGAGCACCUAGACAGAAGCGAACGCCAAGAAGUUGAUGGGGGCGCGGAAAAUAGUGCUGUCAAGCUUUCAUCGUUGUAG